AUGGUAGCCCUCACCAACCUCCUCCUCACUACCGUCCUCGCCUCUGCCGGCCUCGGUUCCGCCCUGCCACCACGGAUCGGCAACACCGUCAUCGAGGCUCGGGAGCCGUCGGAAGUGCCGCCACUGCCACUCAGCAGCCGUAAAUAUACGGUCUCUCAAAAGCACAAUCCCAACUACAAGUUCAACGGUGCCGUCUCCGUCUACAAGACCUACCUGAAAUACGGCGCCAAGGUGCCCGACUACCUCGUCCAAGCCGUCGCCGUCCACUUUGGCGUUUCCACCGAUGACGUCCUCAACCGCGUCUUCACCCACUCCAAGGCCCCGGCGCCAGACCAACGCAGACGCAGAGAUAGAGGCUCAGCAGCCGCCGUCCCCAUCGACAAGUACGACGUAGCCUACGUGACGCCCGUCUCCAUCGGCACGCCCGCGCAGACGUUGAAUCUCGACUUCGACACGGGCUCUUCGGACCUCUGGGUCUUCUCCAGCUCCCUCCCCCUAGCGCAAAUAUCCGGACAGGAAGUUUAUUCACCCAACACUUCCACCACGGCCAAGCUGCUCAGCGGCGCCAGCUGGAGUAUCACGUACGGCGACGGGUCGGCGUCGAGGGGCAACGUCUAUCUGGAUCGUGUGACUAUCGGGGGCUUGGUGGUGCAGGACCAGGCGGUGGAGACGGCGCAGCAGGUCAGCCAGAGCUUUACGGCGGAGACGGCGAUCGAUGGGUUGGUUGGGUUGGGGUUCUCGAGCUUGAAUACUGUCAGCCCGACGGCGCAGAAGACGUGGUUUGAUAAUGUGAAGAGCAAGUUGGAUGCGCCGCUGUUUGCGGUGGAUUUGAAGUUCAAUGCUGCCGGUACAUACGACUUCGGCUUCAUCGACCCAGCCAAGCACACAGGCAACUUCACCUACGUGCCCGUCAACACCAACCCAGGCUACUGGACCUGGACGUCAACCGGCUACCAAGUCGGCUCCGCCCCCUUCGUCUCGCAGCCCAUCGUCAACAUCGCCGACACGGGCACCACGCUCGUGUACCUGCCCAACGCCAUCCUGCAGGCGUACUACAAGCAGAUCGCCGGUGCACAAAACAGCCGGUCGUACGGCGGGUGGGUGUUCCCCUGCGCAACCACCAUUCCGGAUUUCACCUUUGGCGUGACGGCCGAUGCUAAGAUCACGAUUCCCGGACGCUUCAUCAACUACGGACCGGUGACGGACGGGAGCGCGACCUGCUUUGGUGGCCUGCAGAGUAGCGCGGGGGUGGGCAUCAAUAUCUUUGGCGACGUGGCGCUCAAGGCGGCGUAUGUGGUGUUUAAUGGAGGCGAGACGCCGACGCUGGGGUGGGCUUCCAAGCCGGUGUAG